AUGUCCGAAGAUAUCUGCCAUAAACCACCGCAGCCAGUGUCGGUGGAAGUACCUAAAGAAGCGACUGGAGAAAAUGGGCAAACACAGAAGGACAACAACAAAGCAGUUGAGCAGCAGCAGCCAAAGAUCUCAAAGAACGCCCUGAAGCGGCAGGCAAAGUUGGAGAAGUGGAACGCCACCAAGGCCGACCGGCGGAAGCGCGAGAAGGCAAAGCGGAAGGCGAAACGGGCCCAGCUGCGAGAGGCAGGCGUCCCCGUUCCUCAGCUCAAGCUCCGCAAGGACCAGCUGGUGAGGCAGGCGGACUCGCCCUGUAAGGUGGCCCUCGUCAUUGACUGCGACUUUGCCGAGUACAUGACGGAGAUGGAGCUGAAGAAGCUCUGCAAGCAGAUUAACCGGUGCUACGCAGUGAACAAACGCAGCACCAAGCCGGUGCAGCUCUUCUUCACCUCAGUCACCGGCGAGGUGCGGAAGAUGAUGGACCGCUACCAGACCGGCUACAAGAGCUGGGACGCCGUCGUCACCGAGCGCCAUUGGGAGGAGGUCUUUAACUUUCAGGCCAAGGCUGCUAAUGGGCCCGAAGAAGCCAAAGUAGAAUCCAAAGCAGAAUCCACCGAAAAUCCCUCGAAACGGCGGAUCGUCUACCUGACCGGCGACUCGCCGAACAGCCUGGAGGACUGCGCCGCCCUUCAGGCGGCCAACGAGGGCGUCUUCAUCAUCGGCGGCCUCAUCGACCACAACCGCCACAAGGGCCUGACGCUGGAGCGGGCGACGACGCUGGUGGGCCUCGAGCACGCCCGCCUGCCCAUCGGCGAGUACAUCAGCAUGAAGCAGCACCUCAUUCUCGCCAUUCCGCACGUCUUCGAGAUUAUGCUCUACGCGGCCAAUGGGACGCUGGGCGACGGUGUCGGCUGGGCGGAGAUCUUCCACCGGGUGAUUCCACAGCGAAAGCAGGCAGGUCCUGGGGUUGGUGGUGAUAAUGAGGGUGAUAAGAAGGAAGAGGAAGCUAAGGUCGAGGAAGAUUGA